CCACUUUUACAUGUGCACAACUACUUGCAAUGAGCAGGAGUGCAGGAGCAUAUUCUUCUAUGGCAGGCAUUCACAAAGACUCCAACACCAGCCGGCGCCGGCCGCCGUCGCAAAAACAACGGAACCUCCAAACCCGACGCGUCAUCGCCUCUCUGAUUUAACCAGGAGUGGUGCAGCGUCAUAGUCAUGCAUAGAGUAGUCGAGCGCGUAGGGUGCAGCCGCUAGCGCAUGCAUGCCUCUUCCGUCCUCGGCGAUGGCGGAGGAGCACGCCGGCGGCCAGCAUGACCAGCAAGUGUCGGCCGAGAGGCGAGCACGGCAGAAGCUGCUGUUCGCCGUCCCGAUCAUCCCGAUCGUCAUGUUCAUCGUCGCGCCGUGCGCGCUCUUCUUGUUCACGGCCGACCUGGCGCUCCCACGCAUCCGCAUCGAGUACGCCCGCCGCGACGGCGACCGGGACGCUCCGGCCAGUGCGCUAGCGACGGCGGUGGCGGCUGUUCCCAGCGAGGAGCAACAGCAGCUCCCGCCGCUGCGCCAGCUGACCGACCGGCCCUACUCGCUCGGCCCGAACGUGUCCGACUACGACGCCCGCAGAGCGGCUUGGCUCGCGGCGCACCCUCGGUUCCCGGCCUUGGUCGCGCCGGGGCGGCCUCGGGUGCUCGUGGUCACCGGCUCGUCGCCGCGCCGGUGCAAGGACCCGGAGGGCGACCACGUGCUCCUCCGGGCAUUCAAGAACAAGGCGGACUACUGCCGCGUCCACGGCUUCGACAUCUUCUACAGCAACGCGGUGCUGGACGCCGAGAUGAACGGGUUCUGGACGAAGCUGCCGCUGCUGCGCGCGCUGAUGGUGGCGCACCCGGAGGUGGAGCUCCUCUGGUGGGUGGACUCGGACGUGGUGUUCACGGACAUGCUGUUCGAGCCGCCGUGGGGCAAGUACGCGCGGCACAACCUGCUGCUCCACGGCUGGGACGACGUGGUGUACGGCGCCAAGAACUGGCUAGGCACCAACGCCGGCAGCUUCGUGAUCCGCAACUGCCAGUGGUCGCUGGACCUCCUGGACGCGUGGGCGCGCAUGGGGCCGCGCGGCCCGGUGCGCGACAGGUACGGGAAGGUCUUCGCGGAGGCGCUGUCCAACCGGGGGGCCUACGAGGCCGACGACCAGUCGGCGCUGGUGUACCUGUUGGUGACGGAGCGCGGCAGGUGGGGCGGCAAGGUGUUCCUGGAGAGCUCCUACCUCCUGCACGGGUUCUGGGAGGGGAUCGUGGACCGGUACGAGGAGAUGCGGAGCAAGGGGCGGCCGGGGCUCGGCGACAACCGGUGGCCGCUCGUGACGCACUUCGUCGGGUGCAAGCCGUGCGGGGAGCAGAGCGCGAGCUACGGGGCCGUGCGGUGCCGUCAGGGCAUGGAGCGCGCGCUCAACUUCGCCGACGACCAGAUACUCGGCCUCUACGGGUUCCAGCACGAGUCGCUCAACACCACGGCCGUGCGGCGCGUCAGGAACGACACCGGGCGGCCGCUGGACGCCGACGACGAGCAGAUCGGCCGCCUCCUGCACCCAGAGUUCAGGGCCGCCAAGCCCUAG